UCAAACGCGCGUCUGUAGCAUUCGCAUGGGUGCACACAGGGGACGACAAGAAAAUUAAAUAAAUAAAAUAUCUAUGUGUUUAUUCAGUGUAAACAUUGAGGAUACAUUUAAAUUUUGUUGUCAAAAUUACGCGCCAAAAGUUUGAAGCACAGAUAAAUAAUGAAUAGUUUAAAUGUUAUUGCUAAUAAAUUUCUUGGCUACGUUCAGUCUAGUGGAUCGUGGAACCCAUGGAUUAAAUGGGUUUUGCGCUUUUUCGCAUUAUCCCAGGCCAUCUCACCAGCUGGAUGGCCCAGUUCCUACAAUUUGAAAGAUGGUGAUUCGUUUGACUUCAUAGUGGUAGGGUCGGGGUCCGCUGGUGCGAUAGUAGCGGCGCGGCUCAGCGAGGUCUACCAUUGGCGGGUCUUGCUGUUGGAAGCUGGUGGGGACCCACCCUUUGCGAGCGUGGUUCCGAGCUUGUUUGCAAUACUUGCACAGACAAAAUAUGACUGGAACUAUAAGGGUUACCUCGACCCAGGUGUUGGUCAAUCACAUCCGGGGGGAUAUAUACCCAUAUCGAGGGGAAAAAUGUUAGGAGGUUGCUCGUCUAAUAAUUAUGAGAUCUACGCCAGAGGCGUUCCAGAAGACUUCGAAGAAUGGGGGAAAGUAGCACCAGGAUGGAAUUGGGACUCUUCACUUUAUUAUUACAAAAAACUAGAAGGAAUGACUGACCCUUCCGUCCUAGAGAAUCCUAGAAACGCCUAUCUUCAUUCAACAACUGGACCCGUUGCUGUAUCCAGGCCUGAUAGUAAUUUAUACUUUCAAAAAGUAGAUGAAAUUGUAUUAAAUUCAUUUGAAGAGUUAGGCGUAAAAAGAGUCUUAGAAAACAAUGGACCAGAUAUAUUUGGAAUAGCACGACCACAUUUUACUUUUGCAAAUGGCAGGCGCUCAAGUACGGCUGAAGCUUAUCUGAGACCCGCAAAAGACAGGAGUAACCUUUUUGUUACGAAAUUUGCCAGGGUAAUUAAAGUCCUAAUAGAUCCACAGACAUCCCAAGCUUACGGUGUCCGUGUUAUUUUAAACUCUGGAGAAAUUGUAAAUGUAAAUGCUAGAAAAGAAGUUAUCGUUUCAGCCGGAUCGAUUGAUACACCAAAACUUUUAAUGCUGUCUGGAGUUGGCCCCCAAGAAGUACUGGAGAAAUUUGAUAUUAACGUCAUUGCUGAUCUCCCUGUUGGCAAAAAUUUGCAGGAUCACUCAAUUACUCCUAUCGCAUUCACAGGGCGGAAAGGUCUAGGGACGGCUGUGCAAAAUGUACUCGUUGCUACUGAAUUAGAUUCCUAUCCUACUCCAAUACAAUGUGGCUUUUUCAAACUUAAUCAAUCUUAUUCAAAUCAAUACCAAUAUCGAUAUGAUUAUGAAAGAGAAAAGCCACAAUUUCAAAUUUUUAAUAUCCACAUGGGCGCUACAUUAUCUCUUGGUGUAUAUCACGGAUGUACCACUAUAACUAAUUACGACAGUGGAAUAUGUUCAGCUUUGAGCAAAGCAAAUAUUUAUCGAGAGAUAGACCAUACUCUGCUUGUACAUUUGCAUCCCUUAUCAAGAGGACAAGUUAGUAUAAGGAGCAGUAAUCCCUUGGACGAUCCGUUAAUCGAGAUGGGCUAUUUUAGGAAUCCUCAGGAUGUAUACAAUGCGGUGGAAGGUAUAAAGUAUAUAGCACGGUUAGCAGACACCUCAUUUUAUAGAGAUGUAGGUGGUGAGGUAAUCAAAUUUGACGUAAAAGGUUGUGAAGGAUUGUUAUGGGGUUCGGAUGAAUAUUGGAAAUGUUAUGUCGUCAAUACCGUGAGCUCUUUACUGCAUCCUGUAGGAACCUGUCGUAUGGGACCAGGAGGAGUGGUCGAUGAGAGAUUAAAAGUAUACAAUAUAAACGGACUGAGAGUUGUGGAUGCUUCUAUUAUGCCAGAAAUAUCGAGUGGAAAUACUAACGCACCUACAAUGAUGAUUGGAGAAAAGGCAGCGGAUAUCAUAAAAGAAGAUUACGGCGUGUUAAAUGUCAUCGACGAAUACAAUAACAUUAAUUAAUGGUGCUUUUAAUUGUUUAAUGUGGGGAGUAGCGUGUACCAAAUUGCCGGUAAUUGUGUGAAAUUGCGUAGCCUUUGAAAUGAUAACACUUUGUUGUUAAACUGGAACAAGGCUCUUUAUUUGUUAUUAAUUUCUGUUAUGUAUUGUCACAGUAGGUCAAAAGUUAUAUAAGUAUCAUAUUUAACGAACCGUAAAUAACACAGAAUUAGGUAUUUUGUUUAAGUAGUGUGUGAUGUUAUUUUUAGUUAAUAAUUUGGUUUUCUAAAAACAUUUAAUUAUAUUAAUAUUAUGUAUUAAGUAAAGUUAAGCAGAGUUCAUUUUAACGGUCAGUAGUUAAUGUGUGCCAUUUUUUGUAUUGAUAAGAUUGUUAUUUCCUUAGUAUUAUUUUUUCAUAAUUUUCUUUCUUUUUUGUUAAAUUUGCGCUUAGGAUUAUUCACGUACGUUUUUAGUCUCACCAGUUUUUUCUUUAAAUAAUAGUACAUUGUAAUAU